AGUAACCCAUUAAUUGUUUUGAAUAAAAACCCAAGCCCAAAUGAAAAGCUACAAAAUUCUCACACAAGUACAAGCGGCAACUCACCCCGCCUAUCACCCUGUUCCCGCCAUUAAAAUCCUUUUUUCAAUCUUUUCCGAUUCUCUUAUUUAACAAACACACUCCAUUCUUUUUUCCUACCACAUUUAACCGAUUUAACAAUAUUCACUAACAAUCUCAAAAAACGAUGGUUCUUUCAUUCGAGCCCUCGAAACCAGUUAAAUUCUACGGCUCAAGCCUUCCUCGCCCUCGAAUUUACGUCAACCCUGACGGUAGCGACCGUGUAUAUCCUCCUCUCUCCGUCACCGAUCCAUUAAUGUCCUGGGCCCAAGAAGCCCAUUGGUCCAUGGGCGGGCUCAGCUUCAAACGUCUCCGUCUCAUGGGUAAAAUCGAAGGCAAUGUUGAAAAACUCCGUACUCAACGCGAGAAAGAAUCCAAUACCAAAAGCCCGAGCUUUGAUCUUCGCAGAUCUUUGAGUUCUCUUUCUCCCACACCUUCCCCGUCCCCACCGCCUGCUCCGAUUUCUUCAAAGCGUCGCAGACUCGAGACUCUUCUCGAGGAGGAAGUUAGGGUUUCGAGUCCUGUUACCAGUGGAAGGCGUUUGGUAAAGAAGCUCGGUGAUGAUUUCGAUCGAGUUGCUUCUCCUGAGAACAAUCGGUCUACUGAGGUGGUUGUUUCGAAUUUGGUGGCUGCUCCGGUGAAGAUUCGGAGUCGGAGAUUGGUUAAAAUCGGUGAUGCUGUGAAAAAGGCUGUUGAAACGAAAGAGAAAUUGAAAAGAAAGGUUGCUGAAGAGGAAGAGAAAAGCCCUGUUUCUGGGAUUAGGAUUAGAACUUCUUCCAGAUUGGUUAAGACUAGGUCUAAUUAGGGUUUUGUAAUAUAAACCGUGUUCACUUAUUAUAUCAAUCAGUUUUAUUAUAUUUUGUAGAUAAAUUGGAGAGAAUAAGUAAUGGCAUUUGUUAA